AUACGGAUAAGUGGGGCUCUCUUCCAUUGUUAGGUGCCAGAAAGCUUCAAACCACAGUCAACGUAUCACAACUCCCCUCCUCUGUUCUUCCUCGUUCUUUUCCCCUGCAAAACAACACACUGAUGGAAGCGAAUCCUAACCACGACGGCGAUUUCAACGAAGACGACGACACCCACAGCACCGACAUCUCUCCCUCGGAGGCAACAACGCCAAUGGCCAACCCGACGGAGUCGCCUCCGUCAGCGGCGGCACCGCCUCCGGAUACGGCAGCUCCAAUGAAGGAAGAACUCACGGACACGGAGCAAAGCGGGGACGCGUCUCUUCCGAUGAGCGUUAUUUCGAUGCCGUUGGCGAUGUCAACGCCGGCGGCAAAGAAACCGUCGAAGGAUCGUCACACGAAGGUGGAGGGUCGCGGCCGGAGAAUCCGGAUGCCGGCGACGUGCGCCGCCAGGAUCUUCCAACUGACGCGUGAGCUAGGCCACAAAUCCGACGGAGAAACAAUCCGGUGGUUGCUGGAGCACGCUGAACCGGCGAUCAUAGAAGCGACCGGCACCGGAACCAUCCCGGCGAUCGCGGUGUCAGUGGGCGGCACACUGAAGAUUCCAACGACAUCGUCGGCGAGACCGGAGGGAGAAGAUACCCCAAGGAAGCGAAGGAGAAGAGCAUCAAACAGUGAAUUCAUUGACAUAAACAAUGAUCAAGUUUCGGUGUCUUCGGGACUCGCACCAAUUGCACAAACUUCAUAUGGAGGCGGUGUUAGUGGUAGUGGCAGUGGCGGUGGAUUAGUCCCUUUGUGGCCUGCGUCUAAUGCUGGAGGCCCCUUUUUCAUGUUCCCUAACUCUGCUAACCCUCCUCAGUAUUGGGCCAUUCCAGCAACUGCGGCCCCUUUUUUCAACGUUCAAGCCAGACCCAUUUCGGGCUUUGUUUCCGCUAUGCAGAUUCAACCGAAUAGUGCCUCCGAUUCUGCUGACACUUGCUCUCCUAUGUGCUCAACAACUGCUACUACUGUUCCUACUGUUAGUGCUGCUUCCACUUCUUCCGCUGCUACAACCACCCAAAUGCUUAGGGAUUUCUCUUUGGAAAUUUAUGACAAGAAAGAGCUUCCAUUUUUGGGACGUCCUUCUCCCAAUUCAGACCCUCCACCCACUUCCAAGCCUUCGAAUUGAAGACCCCACAUUUGGUAGUUUAGAAACUUUAGUUAGAGAUGAGUGGAGGGGGGUUUUGCUGUUUGGGUUUUGUUUGUUUUUGGUUAUGGUUAAUGGUCAGGAUUUAGGAACAAUUUUUAUAACUUUUAAGGUUAACUUAUCUUCGGCUGCCGGUUUUAUUAUUAUUAUUUUUUUAAUUUUAUCUUUUUAUGGUGUUAAUGGGAAGCACUGGCGUGUAGCAGGGAAAAAAGAAAGGAAAUGGAGCUUUUGAGCGUGAAAAAGAGCUGGGGUACCACCCGUGCGUUGGCACGUGCGAGAUCCAGUUUGCACGUGCUGACUCUGAUAGGGUGCGUCAACGAGGGUGGGGUCUGGAAACGGUCACGUGAGGUUGUUUAGGUGUUUGUGCACGUGUUAAAUGGCGGGGCCCAAAAUGUGGGUGGGGAAAGUGAGGUGGUCCGUGGAGCGUGGUGACUGGUUGAAUUUGGGCCACCAGAUUUGGUCAUGUGAUUGCUAGCUUCAGGCACGUGUCCCUAUGAUUUUGUGGGGCCCUCUCCUCGGUGGAACCAGCCUGGCCCCCUUACACGUGUCCAUUGUGGGCCCACUACUUUCCUGGUCCACACGUGCACCCAUGCUUACCUCCCCCAUACUCCCUCACUUCAAUUUCAAUUUCGAAAAGUACCUUUUAAUUUGUAAACAAAAAUAGUAGUAAUAUCAAAUUUCUAAUUUU